UGGCAAAAGCUGGCUAAUUUAACGCUGUACAAAUUGUUACUGUAACAAGUUUUGUUGAUGUAAUUUCACGUCAUGAUUUAAUCAUAAGUUUCAGCCGAUAAUUGAUCAAAGCUGAAUAAUGUGUCUUCGUUUUUUAAAUAUUAUUAACAUCGUUUUCAAUUUAAUAUGGAUUAUCUAAAUGAACUAGACAUCAAGUUAAGUUACUCAGUGUAUAAAAACUAUCCUAAAUGUGAUAGAUACCAACAUUUGUUGUCAACUUUGGAGUGGUCUUGUCACGGAAUACCUUGGUUUGUUGGCGUAAUCAUUGCCAUUUACCUUUGGCCUUCAAGUAAUCUAUUAGCGGGGUUAUUGGCUGGCCUGUUUCUCGAUGUCCUUACAGUUGCUAUUGUCAAAGCUGCAGUUGGUCGACGUCGUCCUGUGUAUGCCAAUCAAGAUGACCAAUUGAUUGUUGCGUCGGUGGAUAAACAUUCUAUGCCGUCUGGACAUGCCUCUCGAGCAGUUUACAUUGCAUUGUUAUUUAAUAAUGGUUCAUUUUGGUCGCAACUAAUUUGGAGUUGGGCUAUCACAGUAGGACUAUCUAGAAUUGCCAUGGGAAGGCAUCACGUUUUUGAUGUUUUGGCUGGUUUCUUCCUUGCCAUGACAAUUUACUCUUUACAAUUUAGCUUUGAUGGGUUUUUGAACAAACUUGUAGUCUGGGCUCUUCUCAAUCAAUUCAGAGCAACUAAAGAUUUAAGUGAUGUAAAGUUGGCUGAAUGAAAUUAUUUUACAUAUCCAAGAUGUUAUUCAGCCAAUUUUGAACCAUUUUGUAAUUUUCUUAAGAGAUCUGAUUUUCAUAAAUUAUUGUAUUUCUCAUUCCCUAAAAGAUCUGAAGCUCGUAUUGUUUCGUUCGUUUCUAAUUCAAUACACAAAAGGUAACCAUAAAAACAUUGUUAUUGAAA